UUUUUGCAGACUGCAGUCACUAUGCUUGCAUACAAGUACACGUGGUUGGUUCUGGUCCUGAUACCCGUGGCUUGGGCUCAGCCGUACCCCAUACCACCGACCUGUUAUACCAAAGUCUUGACUAUGGCUAGAGAGAUCACUAGAAGAGCGGAGGACAUUAAACAAGACCCUUACACUUAUAGAUGCACAGCUCAUCUGCCUGACCUGUACAUUGAUGUUCAUAACGCCUGUGUGAUGCCCACUAUGAUCUCUUAUCUGUCUGCACUGGAUAACCUGCGAGAACGGCGGUGUACAAAUAGCAGGGAAGUGCAUACCCUUGUUGGUUUGAUCAGGCAGCUCUAUACCUUCAUGUCCCAAAAAUGUCAUGGGGACUUGGUUUUCACCUCUAAUAACUGUGCAGCAUUACAGCGCAGAAGAUGGAGAGGUUAAAAUAAAGAAGUUGGAUGAGGGUGAUUUUAUAUUCAUCAUGGAAUCAGAUGUAAUCAAUCCUCAAUCAUCAUUUGACACUGUUUUUCCAUAUUUUGAGUUGUAUAGUGUCAAUAAAAAUUUAAUAAAUGAACAAGCAAGCA